AACUAAACCCGCAGGGUUGAUCGGGUGUCCAGCCACCGCCAGGACCUGCAUCCCUGUUUGUAUUUAGGGGACCCUCUGUCCUCCCGAGGCUCAGGAACCCUGCAGUGCCGUCACCUGGUGAUGGAGCGCUCGACUCCUCCCCGAGAGGAGCGCCCCGAGCCCCCAGGCCGGGGAGGCGUCUUGGCUGCCAGGCUCGUGGGCCUGCUUUUCCUUCAGGCGGUGCCGUGGGCCUCAGGUGCCCGCCCCUGCAGCCCUAAAAGCUUUGGCUACAGCUCGGUGGUCUGUGUCUGCAAUGCCACGUACUGUGACUCUCUCGACCCCCUGACCCUGCCCGCCCUCGGCACCUUCAGCCGAUACGAGAGCACGCGCAGCGGGCGCCGGAUGGAGCUGAGUCUGGGGCCCAUCCGGGCCAACCGCACGGGCACAGGGCUGCUACUGACCCUGCAGCCAGAUCAGAAGUUCCAGAAAGUGAAGGGGUUUGGAGGGGCCAUGACGGACGCCGCUGCCCUCAACAUUCUUGCCCUGUCACCCCCUGCACGGAAUUCGCUACUCAAAUCCUAUUUCUCUGAAGAAGGAAUCGAGUACAACAUCAUCCGGGUACCCAUGGCCAGCUGUGACUUCUCCAUCCGCAUCUACACCUACGAUGACAGCCCUGACGACUUCCAGUUGCGUGACUUCAUCCUCCCCGAGGAAGAUGUCAGGCUCAAGAUACCCCUGAUUCACCAGGCCCUGGAGCUGGCCCCACGCCCUGUGUCACUCUUCGCCAGUCCCUGGACGUCACCCACUUGGCUGAAGACCAACGGGGCAGUGAACGGGAAGGGGUCACUCAAGGGGCAGCCGGGAGAUCUCUACCACCAGACCUGGGCCAGAUACUUUGUUAAGUUCCUGGACGCUUACGCGGAGCACAGGUUACGGUUCUGGGCAGUGACGGCAGAGAACGAGCCUUCUGCAGGGCUGCUCAGUGGGUACCCCUUCCAGUGCCUGGGCUUCACCCCUGAACACCAGCGAGACUUCAUCGCCCGGGACCUGGGUCCUACCCUCGCCAACAGUACGCACCGCGACGUCCGCCUGCUCAUAUUGGACGACCAGCGCUUGCUGCUGCCUCGCUGGGCCCAGGUGGUGCUGGCGGACCCAGAGGCGGCUAAGUACGUUCAUGGCAUUGCUGUACAUUGGUACCUGGACUUUCUGGCUCCUGCAAAGGCCACCCUGGGGGAGACACACCGCCUGUUCCCCGACACCAUGCUCUUUGCCUCAGAGGCCUGCACGGGCUCCAAGUUCUGGGAGCAGAGUGUGCGACUGGGCUCCUGGGACCGAGGGAUGCAGUACAGCCACAGCAUCAUCACGAACCUUCUCUACCAUGUGGUCGGCUGGACAGACUGGAACCUCGCUCUGAACCCCGAAGGGGGACCCAACUGGGUGCGCAACUUUGUCGACAGCCCCAUCAUCGUAGACAUCACCAAAGACACGUUUUACAAACAGCCCAUGUUCUAUCACCUUGGCCACUUCAGCAAGUUCAUUCCGGAGGGCUCGCAGAGAGUGGGGCUGCUGGCCAGCGAGAAGAACGGCUUGGACACGGUGGCGCUGACGCGCCCCGACGGCUCUGCGGUCCUGGUCGUGCUGAACCGCUUCUCCCUUGCUUCCCCAGCUCCCCGAAGGACGUGCCCCUCACCAUCGAGGACCCUGCCGUGGGCUUCAUGGAGACGCUGUCCCCCGGCUACUCCAUUCACACAUACCUGUGGCGUCGCCAGUGAUGGGGCCGAUACCCAAGCAGCGCCUGGGCUCGGCAGGGGCAUUAAAGGGACAGAGCCGGCUCACACGCUGUCUGUGGCUACAGAGGGUAUACGAGGGCCAGGGCGAGCUUAGGUGACGUAAGCCCAGGGGCUGUGGUUUGCGUGACUCACUCUCCCCCUGGUGGGUGCCAGGGCCUGGAGGCCCCUAAAGGGAGCGCAGGGAAGCCCCGGCGGCCCCGCCCCCCGCCUGUGAGUGUGUGCUAUGUGCUGGCUCCCGUGGAAACUGGGCCCGGGCCCAGGGUGAGCUCACUGUCUGUAUGGACACAAGCUGGGGGCGGGGGAGGCCGAGGAAAGGGAGAUCAGAGAAGCUGGGCCCCAAACGGGGGUGU